AUGGCACAUAGGUUCCUCUCAUCUACGAACAGAUUCAGCGCCAGAUUCGCCUUCAUAUUCACUGUGUCACUGUCCUGCACCUACUUAUGCUACAGUAUUAUAUUCUGUCGCAGCACAAUCAUGACAAAGCAGGGUUACGAGGGGAAAAGAUGCCCGCCGAGCAAGAACGCGGGAGGGAAGAAACUUCUUGGAAAAUUAGACAAUUGCGCUUCGCUGGAAGUCAGGUCCGCGCUGGAUGAGUCUGCUGCCCAGCGAGGCUCAAGUGAUCUCCGCGACCAAAGUAAAGUCCCUGCCUCGUCUGGAAGUCACUGGACUGACAUGAAGUUGAGAAACAUGAGUGUUGCGCAGAAAUAUGGGAAUAAGAAGCUGCCUAAUGCGUUAAUAGUUGGUGUAAAGAAAGGAGGCACCAGGGCGGUACUGGAGUUCAUCCGGAUACAUCCAGAUGUGCGCGCUCUUGGAACAGAGCCGCACUUUUUCGACAGAAACUAUGACAGAGGACUUGACUGGUACAGGGGACUAAUGCCACGAACACUAGACAGCCAGAUCACAUUAGAGAAGACACCCAGCUACUUUGUCACCAGAGAGGCACCCAGACGCAUCUCCAGCAUGUCCCAUGAGACUAAGCUGAUUGUUGUUGUGCGUAACCCAGUCACAAGAGCCAUUUCCGACUACACACAGACUCUUUCCAAGAAGCCUGACAUCCCUACGUUUGAAGAGCUGGCCUUUAAGAACAGAAGUCAGGGUAUCGUCGACACUUCCUGGAAUGCUAUUCGGAUCGGGAUGUACAUUCUGCACCUGGAAAACUGGCUGCAGUACUUUCGCCUGUCGCAGAUGCACUUUGUGAGUGGGGAGCGGCUGAUCACGGAUCCGGCAGGGGAAAUGGGUCGCGUUCAGGACUUUCUGGGACUGAAACGAAUAAUCACAGACAAGCACUUCUACUUUAAUCGCACCAAAGGCUUCCCCUGUCUGAAGAAGCCAGAGAGCAGCAGCCAGCCUCGUUGUCUCGGCAAAUCCAAGGGCAGGACUCACGUACAGAUCGAACAGGAGGUCAUAGAGCAGCUACAGGAGUUUUAUAGGCCAUUUAAUAUCAAAUUCUUUGAAACUGUCGGGCAAGACUUCAAGUGGGAUUGA